UGAGGAGGAGGAGGAACACUGAAAAAGUCAUGUGACAUACUUGUACAAAAUGGCGACAUACGAAUGGUUUCCGAAAAGAAGAAACUACCAUCUAGAAGCUAGGAAAGAAAAUCUACAAUUGGAGGAGGCUACCAGUCAUCCUUUAAAAACUAUCAGUGUUGUGGAAGUAAAAAGCACCGAAAAACGCGGAACACCUAUAAAGGGGACUGGUGCCAGCAAAGUUGUAAAGACAGAGACUUUUGACCCAUUGAGUUCAGCACUGGAGGGUUCAGACCCAUUGUCUAUGUUUGCUGCUGAAGUCCAGACUAAAAGUGCAUCCAAAACCCGCAGCUUGAGUCUAAAGGAGACUAAAAUAGGCCACAAUCCAAGUGAUGACUUGGAUGAGACGUUUGAACCUUGGAGUGCCAAGAAAGCUAGCAUUCUUACCAAGUACAGUACCUCAGAAAAGCUUUCUAUUACCACCAGCUUCCUGUCUGCAUCAGAUAAGGAAAAAGUUGUCAUCAAGGCAGUGACGGCGACCACAGUGACAGAUAAAGUGAGAAACAGACUGGAACAGUUAGAUGAUUUUGAGGAGGGAUCUGUUCAGGAGAUGUUGAACCUUAGUCAGCAGGAUUAUGUGAACCGCAUUGAUGAACUGAAUCAGGCUCUCAUAAAUGCCUGGGACAAUGACCAGAGAGUAAAAGCUCUCAAGAUAGCUAUACAGUGUUCCAAAUUAUUAGCUGACACGUCUGUGAUCCAGUUCUACCCCAGCAAGUUUGUCCUUAUCACUGACAUACUGGACACGUUUGGAAGAUUGGUGUAUGACAGGCUGAAGGAAAAGGCUGUGUAUUAUCCACCAGGCAGUGGAGUACCUGUGAAACUACCAGACAAUUUUACACCAGACCAGGUGCCAGAGUCUGCCAAGGAAACAUGUCGGAACUGGUUUUACAAGAUAGCUUCGAUACGGGAGCUUAUACCUAGGUUCUACGUGGAAACAGCCAUUCUGAAAUGUUACAGUUACCUCAAUCAAGGGGAGUACAGAGAUGCAUUGAACAGAUUGAUGGCCAUGAUCAAAGGAAUUGGAGAUCCACUAGUGGCUAUUUACGCUCGCUGUUAUCUAAGCAGGGUUGGCAUGCUGAUAGCUCCUACGAUUAGCGACCAUCUGAUGCCUUGCUUUGAUGAUUUCCUUGCCUCUUAUACACAAAUCCAAGGUGACCACGUACAGAAUGUACUAGCUAUACAGAAGCUGGAAAUGCCUAAAUACCUGACUCUGUUCUCCCCCGCCCUCGACUGGCUGCUGCAGUGUAUUGCCAACAAGUCAUCGGAACAGACACUCAUGGACAUCCUUCAGAAGUUUAAGAAACACUGUAAAAGUGCUCUGCUGUUGAACUCCAUCAUAUCUGCGUUUAAACCUGAAUACAUCGCUGUUCGAGCUGUGGAGUUCACGGAGAUGAUUCGGGAGAGUGAAGACACAGGAUUUCCAAAGCAUUUGCUGCAGCGAACUCUUGGCCUGUGCCUUGUGAUGGCGUCUCCUCCUGAAGAACAGAAACUCACUGUUCUGAAUGAAGUAUGGAAGGCGGUCAUGAAACUUAAAAAUCCAGCUGAUUACAUUGGUAGUGCUGAGAUUUGGAUUGAAUAUGUAGUUUUAAACUUUGGUAAGAGAGAAGUAAAUACAAUCCUAGCAGACAUUAUCAAACACAUGACUCCUGACCGAGCGUUCGAGGAUUACUACCCCCAGCUCCAGUCUGUCGUGGCCAAAGUUGUAACUCACAUACACGACUUCUCAACACUGUUUUCAUUGAAUAAGUUCCUGCCGUUCAUAGAUAUGUUCCAGAAAGAGGCUGUCAAAGUUGAUAUAUGUAAAACUAUAAUGGAAGCUUUUGCCAAACACCAGUCGGAGCCUACAAAUGACCCAGUCAUUAUUAACGCUUUAACUUUCAUCUGUAAAACUAUGCAUGAUUCUGUCAAUGCACUCACCCUAGCUGAUGAGAAGAAGAUGGUGAGUCACCUUAUCUCCAACUUUGUCCGAAAGAUUUCAUUUGGGAAGGAUUUCGAGCAGCAACUGAGUUUUUACGUGGAGGCCAGAUCUGCUUUCACAAAUCUUGAUCUAGUCCUCAUUCAACUUGUACAGAAUGUAAAUAAUUUGGCCGUAGAAACAAGGAAAGUUGUUCAUGGAAAUCAUUCUAGGAAGACUGGAAACUUUGUGCGGGCCUGUGCUGCGUACUGCUUUAUCACGAUUCCGUCGCUACAGUCAACCAUGGCUCAGCUCCAUCUAUAUCUCCUGUCUGGUCAGGUGGCCCUAUUAAACCAGUGUUACAGCCAAGCGGAUUCGUGUUUGAAGGCUGCCAUUUCAUUAAUUCCUGAUGUUCCUAAAAACCUCGACCUUGAUGGCAAGGCAAGAUCGUCAGAGCCCUUCCUUGUCGAGUUUCUGUACAACUUCCUAUCCACUCUGCUAGCAGUUCCAGAUAACCCAGAUUCUGGUGUGUUGUAUUUGUUGCGUGGUCUCCUCAACAUUCUACAGAACUACACUUGGGAACAAAGUGCAGACACAAAGGUGCAGAUCUACACUCGUGUACUUGCGCUGCUGUCCGCCACCAGUCAGGAGGUCUAUCUGUACCAUGUCGAUAAAGUUGAUGGCAAUGACGCCAUGUAUGGAUCUGACACCAAGUAUCUAGCGGAGGUCAACGCAAUUUGUUCUACGUUACUCGAGGAAAUACUCAACCACUUGAAAACGCUAGCAACACCAGAGACAUUUAAGAGGCAAAGUUUUCUAGCUUUGGAGCUCUUCAAUACUUUGAUUUGUCAUGGUGACAUGUCCCAUCAACAGUCGUUUACCUUGGCAACCAACCUUUGGAACCUGGCUCAGAAACAUGGCCAGAACGAUACCAAACAGAUGGUGCGGUGUUUUGAUCUUGUGAAGAGGAAGGCCAACUCUACAGGAGAUAAAGCCCUGGAAGACUUAGUGAAGAGACUUCCCCUUGAUUCUCGAGCAUAGUAUAAUCCACGUUCUGAAAGGAUAGGUGGACGAGCAUAGUAUAAUCCACGUUCUGAAGGGAUAGGUGGACGAGCAUAGUAUAAUCCACGUUCUGAAGGGAUAGGUGGACGAGCAUAGUAUAAUCCACGUUCUGAAGGGAUAGGUGGACGAGCAUAGUAUAAUCCACGUUCUGAAGGGAUAGGUGGACAUUAUUUUAUGAAGAUUGUGUUAUAGAUGGUUAAUUACUAUUGGACUGUCAGACUUACAUCGACUGAAGACGAUCUACAUCAUAUAAAACUGUGAUGUUCUGUUAGACUUAACGAGUAAAACACUAUGCUUAGGGCUGUUCCAGUAUUAUCUGUAUGGGAGGGGUGGCUGGAACUUGUAUUAAAACUUGAUAGGGUGGUGUCUCUGAAAAAGAGCCCAUAUUCCCAUAUUAGCCCCCCCCCCCCCCUAUUUUUUGUCAUGGGGAUCAGACUUAAAACUGGAAACUUAUUACUCUUUAUUAUUGUCUACUCUCUUUGUUAUCUACAAACUUCAGAUUAGGGAUGGAUCUACUGUCCAGUAAAAAUCUUGUUCCACCCAAACAUAUAUUAUGAUUUACCAUCAAUAUAAAUGUCAGGAUAUUUUAGUACCUAAGACCAUGCCCACAAAUAAGCUGCCAUCUUCAUUUUUGAAGAAUAAUAAAUUUUAAAACGGUGAGCUAAAAGCGAUUCAUAAAUAAGCCCUCCUCAAAUUUAAUGCUUACCUUCUACACUACAGGAGGGGGCUAAACUUUUACACUCGGGCAUGGGGCUUAUUUGAGGAUGAAUAUGAUAAUAUAUAUGCUGUGAUUGACCAAAGUAUGCUUGUAUUGGGAAUGAACCGUGUACUAGAAUGGUGAUCAAAUAUUUAUUGUAUGAUGUGGUACAUUGAAGAUUCCUGAACAGAGGGAACCCCAAAUUAAUUGUUUCAUUUGGAAAAACUAUUAAUUCAUACCUCCAAAUACCUUGAAACUAUAUAAAAAAAGUAAAUUUACAAAAUGUGAAAGAGAUGGGGAUGUGAGAAUAAGAUGGAUGGUGAUGAAUCUACCACUGGAGUGAUCAAAGUAAAUCUUUCACUUUUACAAAUCUGUUAUGUGUAUAAUUGGUGAAUACGAUAAUGUAAAUUAAGUGUUGGAAAGGUUGUCCAACAAUUUGAAUUGAUGUAUAUUAUUGCAUUAAUACCAUGUUAUAGAUUAUAAAACAGUAUUUUAUAUAAUUGAUUGAAAUCAUCUAGUGAAUAUAUAAAAUAAUAUUGCUUCCAUACAUGUACUGUGCAGUUAUUAAAAAAUUGUCACAGUUUAUUUUUACAAGGUGCAAUAAAAAAAUACAAAAGCAA